UUCCGCACACGCGCAGUGGGGCUGUAGCCGGUGUUCAGUAAUCUUCCAACCUGCGCCGCGUGAAGGGGGUACGGGGUUUUCUCCCCGAGAGCCUGUGGGAGAUCUCUGUAAUCUGAUCUUUUAGAACCAAAGAUGGGAGUGUGGUGGUGAAAGACUGAUUCAUAACAGAUCCACCAGUAGAGUUCAGCACUUAUAAAAUAUGGACUUUCCUGACAUCUAGAAUCGUCAUUCUCUCACUAGGUGACAUUUACUGAAGCUGCAAUAUCCGUGUGUAAGAGCUCCAGAAAAUGAUCAACUUCCAGGGAUCGCUGACAUUCCAGGAUGUGGCUGUGGACUUCACCCCAGAAGAGUGGCAGCUGCUGGACUGUGAUCAGAGAACCUUGUAUUGGGAUGUGAUGCUGGAGAACUUUAGAAACCUCACCGCAGUGGGGGGUCCAGUUACCAAAACAAAAGUGAUCUUCAAGGAGGAGCAAGGACAGGAGUCAUGGAUGGUGGAGGGGGAGAACCCAUGUUGGCGCUAUCCAGAAGCUGAUUGGCUACUUGUUGAUGAAUCAGAGAAGAACCAAGAAAGCAAAGACAACUUUUUGAAUUCAGUUUUGUUCACCUUCAAUAAAAUUCUGACUAUGGAGAGACUCCAUGGUUAUAACAUGAGCACAAGCCUUAAUCCUACAAGAAAAAAACCAUAUGAAUGUAAAUCAUAUGGGAAGAGUGUGCAGUCUACUUUAGAUUUACUUAAUUAUAAUACAUACUAUACUGGAGAAAACUCUUAUGAAUGCACUCAAUGUGGGAAAACCUUCAAAAAGAAGUUUCAUUUCAUUAGACAUGAAAAAAAUCAUACAAGAAAAAAGCCCUUUGAAUGCAACGACUGUGGGAAAGCCUAUAGCAGGAAGUCUCACCUUACAUCUCAUCAGAAAAUCCAUAAUGGAGAGGGAGCCUUUGUGUGCAGUGAUUGUGGGAAAGCAUUUAUGUACAGAGCACAACUGGUGGUCCACCAGAGACUUCACACUGGAGAGAAGCCUUAUGAAUGCCAUCAGUGUGGGAAGUCAUUCACUUGGAACUCUUCCUUUACCCAACAUGUGAAAUCUCAUACACUCGAAAACUCGUUUGAAUGUAAAGAAUGUGGGAAAACCUUCAGGUAUAGCUCAUCCCUUUAUAAACAUUCUAGAUUUCAUACAGGAGAGAAACCCUACCGAUGUAUCGUAUGUGGCAAAGCCUUUGGUAACACAUCUGUGCUUGUUACGCAUCAAAGAAUUCAUACAGGAGAGAAACCAUAUGGAUGUAUUGAAUGUGGCAAAGCCUUCAUCAAGAAGUCACAUCUCCUUAGACAUCAGAUAACUCAUACAGGAGAAAAGCCCUAUCAAUGUAACAAAUGUGGGAAAGCUUUUUCCCAGAAGUCAAAUCUUAUUGUACAUCAGAAAACUCAUACAUAAUAUUCAUGCUGUGAAUAUGACAAAGCCUUAAAUAUUAGAUAAAUCUUAUUAAAUCAAAAAUUCAUGGUGAAGAGAAAUCCACCAAUUUGGAUUUGGCAAAGUAGAUUCCCAUAAAAAAAUAAUGCCAGUCAUGUUCUGAAAGUGAUAAUAAAGUGUUAAAAAGAUCACAGAAAACAUUGAUUUAUAAAUAAUAGAGCAUGGAGCUUAAAAAGUAGCAUAAAAUAAUGAAGGAAUUAGUGAAAACUACAUUUACCGUCUCUUUUAUUUUUAUAACAAAUUAUCAAAUAUGCAAGUGUGAGUAUAAAAUGUUUACGUAUUAAAUUAUAUCUGUUAAGAGUGAAGCACAUACCAUUUUUUCUUCCAAUCCUAAAAACUUGCAAGUGAAAAAAUGUGGUUUAAUACGAAGUAUGAAUUUCAGUAAUAUUUUCAUCCAUUUGCUGGCACUUUUAAUGGGCAAGGCAGUGUUACUGAAUCUCAGUCUCCUCUUUAAUUAUAAAACUUGUUAAAAAGAUGUUUUCCUGUGUAUGUAAGCAGCAAAACAAACAAUAUACCAAUUGAGAGGGAAAAGCAUUUGUAUUCUGUAUUACGGUAAGCAUUCAGUUGAAAAUAAGUUUGUAAAUAAAACAUUUGCCCUUCACACA